GUUUUCUUUCCCAGCUGGUGAUUACUUCAUGAUUGGAAAAGAAGUACCUAGGUGGCUGAAGAGAUUAAGUUUUAUGGGUGAACAGAUGAAGCUGUUCAAAGAAGACAAGAAAAUGCUUUCUCUGUGUCAUAAUAGGCUGAUGACUAAGUGAGCCUGAGAAAGAUAGAUUUGAAAUGUGGGCAGGAAUUUUGAUUUUUUUUAAAAACAAAGUAAGACUUUGAACACUUGUUGAGGAUGUUUUUCUCUUAAAAGUGGAAGAAGAAAAGAAUCACAAAACAAAAAUAAUAAAAGUUGAGAAGAAUAACUAAGUCCACUAACUCCAAGAAUAUCAGUACUUUAUCAUCUUAUUUGGGAAAACUCAAGUGCAUCAUACGUAUGUGGUGAGUUUAUCACCAGUGAUGGUUUUCUAUGCUAGCAAUGACUCUUAAUUUGAAUUUUUGGAGUGCUUUUUCUCUUUUCUACAAUGUGUGUUUCAACCCUUCUUGUUAAAUAGAUUUAUGUAAAGGAACUAAAUGCUGAACUCAUAGUAUUUUUUAACUAUGCCACUGUUUCUUGUGUAUUAUGGAAAAAUUAGAGAUUUUAAUAUUAUUUGAAAUUAUAUUGGAAGCAAAACUGUGCCAGGAACAUAGAUACACAAUGUAAAUUUUCUCUUUUGGGCAACUGUACAGCUUAGAAUGAGCCGAAUUUCAGCUGAAUUUUACAGCAUAUAAGAUUUACAAUUUUUGUUUUGACAAGGUCUUUAAUAUAUGUUUUAUACUAACCAGAUGGGAAACACAUUGAGCACCAUGUUUGACAUGUAUGCCUAAGGAAGGAACUCCCCCAUGGAUCAUGGCGUUAAUGUUUACAGGACAUUUCCUAUUCUUAGCAUUAUUGAUGUUUGGUUUCUCUACUUUUGAGGAAUCUGUCAGCAAUUACUCUGAAUGGGCAGUUUUUACAGAUGAUAUAGAUCAGUUUAAAACACAGAAAGUGCAAGAUUUUAGACCCAACCAAAAGCCGAAGAAAAGUAUGCUUCAUCCAGGUUUAUAUUUUGAUGCCGGAGAUAUCCUAGCAUUGAGACAAAAGUCUCGCACAAGCCAUUUGCAUCUUUUUAGAGCUAUCAGAAGUGCAGUGACAGUUAUGCUGUCCAACCCGACAUACUACCUACCUCCACCCAAGCAUGCUGAUUUUGCUGCCAAGUGGAAUGAAAUUUAUGGUAACAAUCUGCCUCCUUUAGCGUUGUACUGUUUGUUAUGCCCAGAAGAUAAAGUUGCCUUUGAAUUUGUCUUGGAAUAUAUGGACAGAAUGGUUGGAUACAAAGACUGGCUAGUUGAGAAUGCACCAGGGGAUGAGGUUCCAGUUGGCCAUUCCUUAACAGGUUUUGCCACUGCCUUUGACUUUUUAUAUAACUUAUUAGAUAAUCAUCGAAGACAAAAAUACCUGGAAAAAAUAUGGGUUAUUACUGAGGAAAUGUAUGAGUACUCCAAGGUACGCUCAUGGGGCAAACAACUUCUCCAUAACCACCAAGCUACUAAUAUGAUAGCAUUACUCACAGGGGCCUUGGUGUCCGGGGUAGAUAAAGGAUCUAAAGCAAAUAUAUGGAAACAGGUUGUAGUAGAUGUGAUGGAAAAGACGAUGUUUCUAUUGAAUCAUAUCGUUGAUGGUUCUUUGGAUGAAGGUGUGGCCUAUGGAAGCUACACAGCUAAAUCUAUUACUCAGUAUGUUUUUCUGGCCCAGCGCCAUUUUAAUAUCAACAACUUGCAGAAUAACUGGUUAAAAAUGCACUUCUGGUUCUAUUAUGCCACCCUUUUACCAGGCUUCCAAAGAACUGUGGGUAUAGCAGAUUCCAAUUAUAAUUGGUUUUAUGGGCCAGAGAGCCAGCUGGUUUUCUUGGAUAAGUUCAUCUUAAAGAAUGGAGCUGGAAACUGGCUAGCUCAGCAAAUUAGAAAGCACCGACCUAAAGAUGGACCAAUGGUUCCUUCAACUGCCCAGAGGUGGAGCACCCUUCACACAGAAUACAUCUGGUAUGAUCCCCAGCUUACUCCCCAGCCUCCUGCUGAAUAUGGUACUGCAAAAAUGCACACAUUCCCUAACUGGGGUGUUGUCACUUAUGGGGCUGGGUUGCCAAACACACAAACCAACACUUUUUUGUCUUUUAAAUCUGGGAAGCUGGGAGGACGAGCUGUAUAUGACAUAGUUCACUUUCAGCCAUACUCCUGGAUUGAUGGGUGGAGAAGCUUUAACCCAGGGCAUGAACAUCCGGAUCAGAACUCAUUUACUUUUGCUCCCAAUGGGCAAGUAUUUGUUUCUGAAGCUCUCUAUGGUCCCAAGUUGAGUCAUCUUAACAACGUACUUGUGUUUGCUCCGUCACCCUCAAGCCAGUGUAAUAAGCCCUGGGAAGGUCAGCUGGGAGAAUGUGCACAGUGGCUCAAAUGGACUGGUGAGGAGGUUGGUGAUGCAGCUGGGGAAAUCAUCACUGCCUCUCAACAUGGAGAAAUGAUAUUUGUGAGCGGAGAAGCAGUUUCUGCUUAUUCUUCAACUAUGAGACUGAAAAGUGUAUAUCGUGCUUUGCUUCUCUUAAAUUCUCAAACUCUUCUAGUUGUUGAUCACAUUGAGAGACAAGAAGAUUCCCCAAUAAAUUCUGUCAGUGCCUUCUUUCAUAAUCUGGAUAUUGAUUUUAAAUAUAUCCCAUAUAGAUUUAUGAAUAGGUAUAAUGGUGCCAUGAUGGACGUGUGGGAUGCACACUACAAAAUGUUUUGGUUUGAUCAUCAUGGCAGUAGUCCCUUGGCUAGUAUACAAGAAGCAGAACAAGCUGCUGAAUUUAAGAAAAGGUGGACUCAAUUUGUUAAUGUUACAUUUCAAAUGGAAUCCAAAAUCACAAGAAUUGCGUAUGUCUUUUAUGGGCCAUAUGUCAAUGUUUCCAGCUGUAGUUUCAUUGAUAAUUCCAAUUCUGGACUUCAGAUUUCUCUCAAUGUCAAUAAUACUGAACAUGUUGUUUCCAUUGUAACUGAUUACCAUAACUUGAAGACAAGAUUCAGUUACCUGGGAUUUGGUGGCUUUGCCAAUGUGGCUGAUCAAGACCAAAUAACCCGAUUUGGUUUGGGCACUCAAGCAAUAGUAAAGCCUGUAAGACAUGAUAGAGUUAUUUUCCCCUUUGGAUUUAAAUUUAAUAUAGCAGUUGGAUUAAUUUUGUGCGUUAGCUUGGUGAUUUUAACUUUCCAGUGGCGGUUUUACCUUUCUUUUAGAAAGUUAAUGCGAUGGAUACUAACACUUGUAAUUGCCUUGUGGUUUAUUGAGCUUCUGGAUGUGUGGAGCACUUGCACUCAGCCCAUCUGUGCAAAAUGGACAAGAACAGAGGCAAGCAAGAAGCCUUCGUCUUCGGAAGGGCACCACAUCGAUCUUCCUGAUGUUGUCAUUACCUCACUUCCUGGUUCAGGAGCUGAAAUUCUCAAACAACUUUUUUUCAACAGUAGUGAUUUUCUUUACAUCAGGGUUCCUACGGCCUACAUUGAUAUCCCUGAAACUGAAUUUGAAAUUGACUCAUUUGUAGAUGCCUGUGAAUGGAAGGUAUCAGAUAUCCGUAGUGGGCAUUUUCGUUUACUCCGAGGCUGGCUGCAGUCUUUAGUUCAGGACACAAAGCUACAUUUGCAAAAUAUCCAUCUACAUGAACCCAGUAGGGGUAAACUGGCCCAAUAUUUUACAAUGAAUAAGGACAAAAAACGCAAACUGAAAAGAAGAGAGUCUUUGCCAGAACAAAGAAAUAGGAUGAAAGGCGCCUUUGAUAGAGAUGCUGAAUAUAUUAGGGCUUUGAGAAGACACCUGGUCUAUUACCCAAGCGCACGUCCUGUGCUUAGUUUAAGCAGUGGAAGCUGGACGUUAAAGCUUCAUUUUUUUCAGGAAGUUUUGGGAGCUUCGAUGAGGGCAUUAUAUGUAGUAAGAGACCCUCGGGCAUGGAUUUAUUCAAUGCUAUACAGUAGUAAACCAAGUCUUUACUCUUUGAAGAAUGUGCCAGAGCAUUUAGCAAAAUUGUUUAAAAUAGAGGGAGGCAAAGGCAAAUGUAACUCAAAUUCAGGCUAUGCUUUUGAGUAUGAACCAUUGAGGAAAGAAUUAUCAAAAUCCAAACCAAAUGCUGUCACUUUGUUGUCACAUUUGUGGCUAGCAAACACAGCAGCAGCUUUGAGAAUAAAUACAGAUUUGCUGCCCACCAGCUACCAGCUAGUCAAGUUUGAAGAUAUUGUACAUUUUCCUCAGAAAACCACUGAAAGGAUUUUUACCUUUCUUGGAAUUCCUUUGUCUCCUGCUGGUUUAAACCAAAUAUUGUUUGCCACCUCCACGAAUCUAUUUUACCUUCCCUAUGAAGGAGAAAUAUCACCAAUUAAUACCAACAUUUGGAAACAAAACCUGCCUAGAGAUGAAAUUAAACUAAUUGAAAACAUCUGCUGGACACUGAUGGAUCAUCUAGGAUAUCCAAAGUUUAUGGACUAAAUGCUGCAGGUCAGCAGAAAUUUGCACUAAUAGUUCCCAACCCACUUUGUGGAUAUGAGUUAGAAUUUGUUUAUUCUUGCAUUGUGUGUGUGUGUAUGUGCACGUGCGUGUGUGUUCAGUCUGUUACUUGCUCAGAGAGAUUAUUUUUAAAAUUUGCACCAUAACUGGCCCAGCAGGAUUUAUUUUUAUGUUAUUGUUUCCCUUGUUUUGUUUUUGAAAUUUUUUUCUGCUAAAAUGUUUCUGCUGCAGAAAUGUAGAUGAAGUCAUAUCAUGGAGGUCAGGGAAGAUGGGAAGAUUUUAAAGGUUUUUAUCUAAUUCUUCAUCUGUAACUGUGCUAAUCUAUCUUGGGACCUCAAACACUGCUAAAGGCCUUGCAAUUGCUGCUUUAUCCAUACAUCUCUUGCUUUCAAGAUGGACAACAGAAGUUCCUUUCCUUUUUGUAAAGAUCUCCUAACACACUUAUUUUGCACAAAGAAAAGGAAAAAAAUCCUUUUACUGUGUAUAAUGUUCAGUAGAUCACUGGGGAAAUGGGGAAUGCUCCUAUCAGAGCUGUGAGAUUCCUUCUGGAAAAUAGAGAUGGAAGGACAAAAUGAAUAUAUAUAUUUUUUGAGGUCAACAUCAGUGACCUGAAAAGCCUCUUCAAAAUUUUUUUAAACUUAUAAAUAAUAAGAAAUAAGUAUUUGAACAAUCUGGGUUCCAAGGGCUGGUAAAUUAUUUUUUAUUUUUGUCUCCUUUCACUUUUUUGCCUCCCUGAAAUUAUAGCUUGUUCAC